AAGCGUAGUAUAAGAUUAGUACCAUCAGGGUUUCGUUUGAGCACCUCGACGUCGUCGUCUCUUUCACUCCGCUAACACUCGUUUGCUCACUCUUUUCCCAUCAUCUCAAAGCUCUCAAUCUCUCAAGACUCCCAUUCCUUCCAACUCAAACCCGGGGUUUCAAUUUCGUUUUUCUUUCAUCGAAAAAAGGAAAGAAAAAAAAUGCUUGGGACUAAGGCUCUAAUGGCGGCGGUGUCUUCUGGAAGAAGAAGAAGAACAGGAAAAGUCGACGAACUUACAAAAGCAAUAUCAGCAAAAGUCAAAAUCAAAACCCCAUUACUGAGCAAGACCAAGAUCGCUGCCUCGGGUCGUUCUUCAUCGGGUCGAAUUACCAUCUUCCACAGAGGAGGUGGGUCGAAGCGAUUGCUUCGGAAAAUGGACAUGAAACGAAACAAUCCGUCAUUGGGUAUUGUAGAGAGUAUAGAAUACGACCCAAAUCGGUCUUCUCGUAUAGCGGCUGUUCGAUGGGUUGAAGGUGUUCGACCACAGCGGCAGAGAAAACCCAAUUCUUUGGAAAAGUUCACUCCUGCUCGGAAACUCGUCGAAGCGUCCACGACCACUGUCCGUGGAUUGUUUUCCUUGGCUUCCAUGCCCGGGAAGGUUGUGGAGCAGAGAAAAAUGGCUUAUUUACCUCCAGGAUUGGCUGCUUCUUCUAUUACCGUCGGUAUUCCUAAUGUUCCGACUAAUGUUAAGCGUUUUGUGAAGGGUCCCCUUUCGGAUUUUGGAAUUGGAAGCCAAAAGACCAGCGUGAAGGAUGUUUUCUUGUCUGCGUUUUCGGCUUCGAAGGCCAAGAAUAGAGGGAGUUUGGCUUCUUUUGGUGGGUCUAUUUGUUUCCCAAGGAUUGGAGUUGCUGGUGCAAAGCCUGGUUUCAUUUCUACUAGGAUGAGGAACGAAUUUGGAGGGAAGAAUACUGAUUCUAUUUGUUUGGUCCAGAAGUGGACACCACAGAGUGUUGUGUGGGAACAUAGGGCUAAACGUAAAGCAGCAGUUUCUUGGCUGAGUUCUAGGAGGCAAGAAAGUUUAGGUCUGGCUGGAGCUGCUGAGCUUGCAAGCCGAUAGGCAACAGGGUUGUAGGAUUCCAAGUUCAUCAAACAUUAUACUAAUCAGGAACUUCCAUGGAUGAUACUACAUGAAAUGUUGCCUCAAAAUUUUUGUUUCAUCAAGUUUCUCUAGAAAUGUGUAUUCUUAUCAUCGAAACUUGUAUGGUGGAAUGACAAAGUAAUGCUGCCAUGCAGAACCCAGCAAAUAAGGUCUUUUGUGAUGGAAAGCUAAAGACAAUCUUCCCGGAAAGAUACAGUAGGGUUCCUGAAGAUGGCUGGAUUGCUGCCCAAAGAUUGGAACCUUUGCAUUUCAUUCACGAUUGUAGUAUGCUUCAUUAUCAUUAGAUUUAGUUCAAGAUUAAUGGAACUUAGCACUGUUCGACUGGGAAAUGAUGAUAACUAAGCCGGAAAUUCGAUACUUUGUUGCAUUCUAGUGGUAAUUUUGGCUUGCUUAUGGAUCAAACUCUGAAAUUUUGAAAUCUUGCAAUUGUUGCAGAUAUAAUGAUACUGACAAAUUUACUGAAUUUAAGUGCAUCCACUACCAGAUUAUAUGUUUUAUCUGAAAAAUAUGCUCAAAUGCAAUUUAGUAUCUUUUAUUUUCAUUUU